ACCACACCACAGCUUCCUCUUCACCUUUGCUGUGACAGCACAGAAUUUUGUCACUCAGCUUCUGAGCAACUUCAGUGAGGAGGCUGCUCAGAAAGGUUGCACCAGUCCAGAUGGCAGGCAUCCUGUGUGUGGCAUCUCUCUUUCUCUCUCUGACUAAGCUCGGCAUCGGCCAGAGAGAAGUAAAAAUUCAGGAAGGACCUCUGUACCGGGCUGAAGGUUACCCUGUCAGCAUCAGCUGCAGCGUAAGCGGGCAUCAGGGACCUGCCACCCAGGAUUUCCAGUGGUCUGUUUACCUGCCAGCAGCCCCGACCAAGGAAGUCCAGAUCAUCAGUACCAAGGAUGAGGGCUUCUCUUACACGGUGUAUGCCCAGAGGGUGCAAAGCAAGGAGAUCUACGUGCAGAGGCUGCGGGGCGACUCCGUCCUGCUGCGCUUCUCAAAGCUCCAGAUGAGGGACUCUGGCCAGUAUGAGUGCCACACACCCAACACGGAUGGGCAGUACUUUGGAAGUUACAGUGCGAAGACAAAUCUAACCGUGAUUCCUGACACCCUGUCUGCCACCAUGCCCUCCCAGACGCUCAGUAAGAAGGAAGGCGAGCCCUUAGAACUCACCUGCCAGGCUACCAGAGCCACAGCUCAGCACACCCACCUCUCUCUCACCUGGUUCCUGAUGCAGGAAGGAGGGAGCCAAGCCGUUGAGAUCAUUUCUCUCUCCAAGGACUUCGUAUUGACCCCUGGGCCGUCCUAUGAAGAUAGGUUCGUGGCCGGGGAUGUGCGGCUGGACAAGCUUGGAGCCACUUUCUUCAAGCUGUCGGUGGGCAGGCUCCAGCCCUCAGAUCAAGGCCAGGUGUUCUGUGAGGCCACGGAAUGGAUUCAGGAUCCAGAUGAAACGUGGACUUUGAUCACAAGAAAGCAGACAGAUCAAACAGCUCUGAGGAUCCAGCCGGCAGCAAGAGAUUUUGAAGUGAGCGUCACAGCCAGAAGCUCCCCUGACGAGGGAAAACCCUUGGAACUGGUCUGCCUGGUUGUUGGCAGAGACGGCGACCCACAGCUCCAGGGCACUUGGUUCCUCGACGGGAAGGAAAUUGCUCAGAUUGACGCUGCUGGGGUCCUGGACCUGAAGAGAGACUACAGAGGCAGAGCAGACCGAGGACAGCUGCAGGUCUCAAAGUUAAGCGCCCGGACUUUCUCUCUCAAGAUCUUCUCCGUGGGUCCAGAGGACGUGGGCGCUUACAGUUGUGAAGUGGCAGACGUGGUGAGGGCUCGGACCGGCUCCUGGCAGGUACUUCAGAGGAAGCAGUCGCCGGGCAAGCAGGUGCAGCUGAAGGAGCCAGCAGCAAGAAGUGUGACCGUGUCUGCUGAGCAGCAUGCCGUGUGGGAAGGAGAGGAGCUUGCCCUUCUCUGCAAGGCAGCUGGGGAUGCAAGUCCCUUGUCCGUGAGCUGGUGGCUCACCCCACAGGACCAGACUACACCCGUGUUUGUGGCUGCCAUGGGACAAGAUGGUACCAUGCAGCUGGGAGUCUCUUCUUCAGGCCCCAGGCACCGUAGUAACAGGAGGUUGGAGAAAGUGGAUUGGGCCACCUUUCGGCUGGAGAUUGCCUCUGCCGAGGUCACAGACAGUGGGACCUAUGAAUGCAGAGUGUCGGAGAGGCCCCAGAACCAGGCCAAGGAUUGGCAGUGGACCCAGAAGAUUUCGGCCACUGUAAAAUCUCUGAAAUCGAGUUUACGAGUUAAUCUGAUGAGCCGUCAGCCGCAAGUGACCUUAGCCCGCACCUUCGACCUGUUCUGCAUAGUGAGGGCCAACCACUCGGACCUCCAGCUGCCCUUCUCGGUGACAUGGCAAUUCCAGCCAGUCGGCUCCGGAGCCUUUCAUCAGCUGAUUCGAAUCACCCACAACGGCACAGUCGAAUGGGGGGAUGUCCUCUCCCAGUUCCAUGGGAGGACAAAAGUUUCACAGUCUUCCUUUCGUUCUCAACUCCAAAUCCACGAUGCUGCUCUGGAGGACGCAGGGGCGUAUCAGUGUAAGGUGGAAGGCUACGACAGAAACUCCCUGCACACAAGUGGGCCGGCCAGGGCAUCUGCCACCUCCAACCUAUUAAGGAUUACUGUCACCUUUCCAGAGAGCAAACUGAGAGUGAACUCAAGCAAUCAGGUCCAAGAGCUCUCCAUCAGCACCAGCACUCACAUAGAAUGUGCCAUCUUGUCCCGAUCUACUGGAAACCUUUUUCUAGCCAUCAUUUGGUACUUCUCUCCCAUCUCUGCAAAUGCAUCCUAUCUGAAGAUCCUAGAAACGGACCAAACCCAUGUCGUAAAAUAUGGGGAUGAAUUUCAAACCCCUCGGAGCAAGCAAAAAUUUCAUUCUGAGAAAGUUUCCCAAGACUUAUUUCUGCUGAGCAUUCUGAGCAUGGAAGACAGUAACCAGGGCUUCUACCACUGUGCAGUGGAGGAAUGGCUCUUGUCUACAGAUGGCACUUGGCAAAGGCUUGAAAGAAAGACUUCAGGAUCCACAGAAUUGAGACUCAGGCCUACAGGAAGUCAGGUCCGAGUCUCCAAAGUGAGCUGGAUGGGAAACGCCAGCGAGCACGGAGAGGUGGACAUCGGCUGCAGCCUGGACGGCCCAGGCGGCACUGCCUCGCUGUACUCCGUGACGUGGUACCGGAGCAGAGGAAACGCGGCGGGUCAGAUGCUGGUGCACCUGCAAUACGACGGCCUGCUGGAGUACGGCCCGGCGGGCCGCGGGAGGCUCCUGCACUGCUACCGCGCCUCUCCCACGGACUUCAUCCUGAAGCUGCGUCGGGUGGAGGUGGACGAUGCCGGCGCGUAUUGGUGCAGGGUGACGGAGUGGCGACAACAUGGCCACCCGGGCAGGUGGAUCAACCAAGCCUCGGAUGAGUCGCCACGGAUGGUGCUCAGGGUGCUGUCCUCAGAACCCACCUUCCCUUCCCGGAUCUGCUCCUCCGAACCCUUACUUUACUUCCUCGUCGUCUGCCCCUUCCUCGUGCUGUUGCUUCUGCUCCUUUCCCUCCUCUGUUUGUACCGGAAGGCCAGGAAGUUGUCGCGGCUGAGUCUCCAUGCAAAGAAAGAAGAAGCUCUCUGGGUGGGCAUGAAAGGGACCACUGGAGACUGAAGCACACUUCGGAAGGAAGCCGGGGAGGAAGGGGAAGGCUGCUGAAUUCAAGGUGCCCCUGCUGGUGGAAGGAGUGUGGAGGAACUGGAUUGGACCAGCCAGGGUGAAUGAAUUCUGCUUCAGACCUUGGCCAAGUUACCUAGGGAUCAGAAAGCACAUGUCCAGAGCUUAUGUUGUUUACCAGAUCCCUUUAAGUAUUUCUUUGUGUAGCACCCAUCUUACUUUUUUAUUUGUUUGUUUGUUUUUUGUUUUUUGUUUUUUUGUCCUUCAGAAGUAGAUAUCAUCAUUGCCUCAGCUUACACGGACCUCACCUCCUGGAGGUCCAGCCCUCCUCUGGAAAGAGAGGAACGCCAUCUGGUGAGCCUUCCUUCCUCUCCAGCAUCACCUAUUCCCUUGGAAACAUCAGCUUGGCCCAGUCACGAGGGAAAUCAUUUUCCUCUAGAUAAGAAAUGUAGGAAAAACCUCAUGUCAGGAAAACAAGAAGAAUUGAGAGCAUGGACUCGGUUGCCCGGAAUCUGACUCCCCAGUCAGUAUGUAACUUUUUUUCUAGGCAGAAAUCCAAUUUUUUCCUAAUCUCUUUUACAAAUGCCUACUGAAAGUGUAAGAGGAGGUGUCUAAUCAAUAUUGGUUCUUUGACAAAAGGAUAACAUGUUGUGGGCUUUUUGAAGCUUUCAUUUGGCUUUGUACUUUAUGGUUUGGGGGAGGGUUUUUUGUGUUUUGUUUUUGUUUUUGUUUUUUUUUCUUGAGAAACGGUCUUACAAUAUAGCCCAGGUUAGCCUUGACCUUGAUCUCACUGUAUAUUCCUGCACUGUGUAAUCUAGGCUUUCCUCCAAUUUACAGUGGUCUUCUCCCUACCAAAGCCAUCUUCCUUGUGCUGGGAUUAGAAGCAUGCGUUGGUGCUGGGAGUGGUAUGAACACCUUUAAUUCUAGAAUGCAGGAGGCAGAGGCAGGUGGAUCUCUGAGAUUGAGGAGGCCACCCUGGUCUACAUAGUGAAUUCUAGGGAAACCAGGGCUAUACAGAGAAACUCUAUCUUGGGGAAAAAAAAAAAGAGGAUGAAGAGGAGAAGGAGGAGGAGGAGGAGGAAGAGGAGGAGGAGGAGGAGGAGGAAGAGGAGGAGGAGGAGGAGGAGGAGGAAGAAGAAGAAGAAGAAGAAGAAGAAGAAGAAGAAGAAGAAGAAGAAGAAGAAGAAUGUUGGCAUGCCUCAUUUAAGAGUUAGUAGUCAUUACUAAAGAACAUCCCUGACUCCCAACUCCCAAAACCUCCUCCUCACCCUGCCCCACCCCCCACAGCCUGCCACCAUAGUGCUUGGCCAAUGCCUUUUUUUCUUUGACAGUACUGGGUAGGAGGAACAGUUUCAGUAGAACUUGGGAGAGGGGUCUGCCGUAAUGUUCCCUGUCAGAGUUUGGGCUCAAGGGAAGCAGCAGGUCAAGUCUGAUUCCUGAGUUUCCUAAUUUCACCAUAUAAAGUCCCAAGGGUGAGGCAUCAUAGUUUAAGGCUUUCAAGAGCUGUUUCCACUGUGCAGGCCUGGUCGUAGCCAGAAUUGAAAAUCAAUCAAGUAAAGGACCUCAGAUAACACAUCUAUUUAUUGUCUGUGUGACCACCAGGGUUUCUUCAGUACUUAGUAAUUUGCAUUUCUAAGGAGAGCCAUUUAUUUUUAAUUAUUUUAUCAGGCACACAGUCCUCUCCAAAGAUAAUUAGUUCCUUUGCUCCUUUGCAAGCAGAUUAUCAGUGGCUGUGACAACUCCCACCAUAGACCUGCUGGUUCUUUAAUCCGACUUCCUCUAAGGCCUCAUUUGAAUCAUUCCAAAUGUUUUCUUAAAUCACCAAGCAACACAUUAACUGCUUCUCUUCCAGGUAAGGAGGAAAAGAAAAAUGAGAUUGAGGUCUUCAGAAAUAGAUAUGGUGGCUCCCCCCAUUUUUAGAGGUCUUUUAAAAAAAUUACUAUUUUAUUUUGUGUAAGGGUAAUUUGCCUGCAGGCAUGUCUGUGUUCCACACGAAUGCAGGGACCACUAAGGUCAGAAGGGAGCAUUGAUAUCUCUUGGAACUGAAGUUACAAGUGGUUGUGAGCUGCCAUGUGGGUGCUAGGAAAGGACCCGGGUCCUCUGGAAGAGCAGCCAGUGCUCUUAACUGCUGAGCCAUCUCUCCAGCCCCCAGGAUUUUACUUCGUAGCUAUGGCUGGCCUGGAAUUCACAAUAUAAACCGGGCUAGCCUAGUACUCAUGGAGACCUGCCUGCCUCCCUCGAGAAAGCAUGAACUGUCAUGUCUGGAAGCAACGUGCAUUUGAAUUGAACCCUGGCCAGAGCGUCAUGGCAUACGCUGCAGCCCUUCCCGUCUGGCCCAUUGUAGUACCCUCCCUGCUUUCCCCCUCUCUCCUUACCUUUCACCUCCAAGUCGGGUGUUACUUCUUUUCCAUUGACCCCAGGACAGACCUUCUUAGGGCAGACAGAGCUUCUCCAGCCAGAGCGCAGCCAGGGGAAAUACGUCCCCGAAACAGCCCCUGCUUGUCAGGCGCUGUGGUAAGCUAAAGGAUGGUGACUGAAAUAUGUUCGCCUCCAUAGCGGCAUUGUCUGCCCCAUCCCGGAUGCUCGCUCUCUUCCGUAGGAGGAAUGAACAGCUCACCUGAUUGCCUUAGGGCCACAUUGCACUAUUGGUCCAACAAUCAGUAGGCACUGAACCCCCAAACUCCUUAACUUUUGAGCAUCGUGUGUGUGUGUGUGUGUGUGUGUGUGUGUGUGUGUUCUCUGUGUUGACCUGAGUGUGUAGAUAUAUGGACCUGUGUAUGUGUGCGGAGGCCAGAGGUAGACACUGGGAUGUCUUCCUCAAUCACUACUCUGCCCUAUUUUUUUUUUUUUUUUUUCCUUUUUGAAGAUUCUCUCACAGGACCUGAGCUCACCUGUUUUGGACUUGACCUGGCCAGUGAACCACCAGCCAGUGAACUACCAGCCAGUGAACCACCAGGAUGUGCUAGGCUUGUGCUCCCCUCCCCCACUCCUGCCAACCCAGAGCUGGGACUGCAGGCAUGUGUUAGCAUAGUCUGCUCUUAUGUCAGCACUGGGGACUCAAGUCCUCUUGCCUGUACAGCUGGCAUUUUACCCACCCAGCUGUGGUGCUUCUUGAAUAAAAUUAGCUUUGAUCCAGCAUAAAUAUAUAUAUAUAUAUAUAUAUAUUCUCUCUAGAGUUGUGCUCGUAUUUGUUUUAGUGCUUGAACCUCAUGGAGAGCUUCUCUUGUGCUUAGUAAUUGCAACUUUCCUGGUCUGUGUCCCCACCUGGCUUUACUUUCAGCUUUGUUCUAAAUCCUCUUUGGCAGCUCGACAAGGCUUUGUCGAGGGGAUUGGCAAACCUCGGCCCCAGGGCCCGAUGCAGCCUACACCCACGCUUUAAAUAUAAUUGACCAGAAUAUAGUCAUUCUCAUUCUCUUCCACUCUAUGCAUGGCCGCCUUUGUGAGGAAAUGACCACGGCGGGAGGUUGCUAAGGAGACACCGUGUGCUGGUCGGUUUUCGUUGUCAACUUUGCACAACUUGGACUCACUUGGAGAGUCAACUUCAAUCAAGGAAUUGCCUACGUCAGACUGAGCAGGAGGCAAGUCUCUGGGUGAUUUUCUUGACUGCUGGUUGAUAAAGGAGGGUCCAGCCCACUGUGGGCAGUACCGUCCCUAGGCAGGUGGGCCUGGGCUGUGUAAGGAAGCCAGCUUAGUGAACCAGAGACUGAGCCAGUAAGCAGUGCUCCUCCUCCAUGGCUUCUGCCUCAAGCUUCCCUCAAUGAUGGAUUGCCACCCGUAUGUAUCAGACAAAGAAACCCUUCCUCCCCAGGUUGCUUUUGGUUGGAAUGUUUUUUGUUUUGUUUUGUUUUGUUUUGUUUUGUUUUCAAAGCAGCAGAAAGAAAACUAGAACAUCAUGUGACUUAUAAAGCCAAAACCAAUUUCCUUCUGACCCUUUCCAGGGACUGUUUGCCAGCUUCUGUCUCUUCUAGUUAACGUUCUGUCCUUUGUACCCAUGUAUUAUGCUCCUGAGACACUUGAUUUGACCUAUUACAUCUACAGUUGUUGUGUAUCUGGUUGACUUAAUAAACAGUCUUGGGCUCUCUGGACUGGUGUGUGGUCCAAGCCAUUCUUCACUUGGCAUGCUCCUGAGCAGGCUGGCGGUAAGGUUGGAAAGCUCACCACCAGAGACUCCUCGCCACCG